UAAUUCCAUUAACCUCUAACCCAACUUACGUUUUUUGUUCAUUUAAUCAAAUUUCCCACUUUACAUUGUUUUCAGUAAUUGAUAUCUUGAAUUAAGGUUCUUCAAUUGAAAAAAAAAACACUGUUGUAGCACCAAAGACAUCAGACAUGGGUGAAGAAGAAGAAGACAAUCAGUUGUCUCCAUUGCUGCCUAGUUCUUCAACAAGCUCUGUCAAAAGAACUGGGACUGUGUGGACAGCAGUAGCACACAUCAUAACAGGAGUGAUAGGGGCAGGUGUUUUAUCCCUUGCGUGGAGCACCGCUCAACUUGGAUGGAUUGCUGGCCCUAUAUCCGUGCUUGUGUUUGCAGCAAUCACCCUUGUUUCCACCUACAUUCUAUGUGACUGCUACAUGUAUCCUCACCCUCACUAUGGCCCCAACCGCCUUAGAUCUUACAUGGAUGCCGUCCUUGUCUAUUUGGGAGAGAAGAACCACAAAGUGUGUGGAGUAAUUUUAAUGGAGACCUUGUAUGGGUCCACACUUGCCUAUGUCAUAACCUCUGCUAGCAGCAUCAAAGCAAUUCAGAAAUCAAACUGCUACCACAGAGAAGGCCACAAUGCUCCAUGUUCGUAUGAAGAUACUUCCUCUAUGCUUCUAUUUGGAGCUGUUCAGGUUGUAAUGUCACAGAUUCCAGAUUUCCAUAACAUGAAAUGGCUUUCAAUGUUAGCUGCAAUCAUGUCCUUUGCUUACUCUUUCAUCGGAUUCGGGCUCGGGCUCGCACAAGUGAUCAAAAAUGGAACAAUUAAGGGGAGCAUAAAUGGAGUCCCCGCUGCUAAUAUUGCUGAUAAACUAUGGUUAGUAUUCCAGGCACUUGGGGACAUUGCAUUUGCCUAUCCAUACUCGGGCAUUGUUCUAGAAAUACAGGAUACAUUGAAAUCACCUCCACCAGAGAACAAAACCAUGAAAAAGGCCUCAAUAAUUGCCGUCUCCUUGACAACCUUCUUCUACCUCUGUUGUGGAUGUUUCGGAUAUGCUGCCUUCGGGAACAACACGCCUGGAAACCUCUUGACAGGAUUCGGAUUUUACGAGCCAUAUUGGCUGGUUGAUUUAGCCAAUGCUUGCAUUAUUCUUCACCUUGUGGGAGGAUAUCAGAUUUUUGGUCAACCAGUGUUUGCAUUUGCGGAGAGAUGGUUUAUCAACAGGUUCCCAAACAGUUGGUUCGUCAAUAACUAUUAUACGAACAAACACCGAUGGUUUCCUUCGUUUCAGACUAAUCCCCUCAAGAUAUGCUUUCGGACAGCCUAUGUCGCAUCAACAACAGCCAUUGCAAUGAUGUUCCCAUACUUCAACCAGGUUUUGGGAGUGCUGGGGGCUUUGAACUUUUGGCCUUUGGCUAUUUAUUUUCCAGUGGAAAUGCGCAUUGUGCAGAAGAAGAUUCAAUCCUGGACUAGAAAAUGGGUUGCUCUUAAGAGUUUCAGCUUUGUUUGCUUGCUUGUGACAAUAGUGGCCUUUAUAGGGUCGAUUCAAGGACUAAUAAAUGCAAAAUUUGAAUAAGAUAUCAUUGUAAUCACAUUCAUCACACGUUUAAAUAUUAUUCUUUUAAUAGAAAUUAAGUUUUAAUUUGAGAAA